ACUGGGUUGAACUACCAACAUUAACCUUAGUUUCGACAAAACAAAAACAGAAAACUGCUUCACAAAAUCCUAAAUUUCUAACCCCGUCCCAAAAUCUGAAUACCAAACUUUCAUUGUUAAAUCUGGGAAAAAUCAAGAGGGAGAAAUAGAUUAAGAUGUCGAAAUAUAUAGCAAAAAUUGCGGGAUUGUUUAGCAAGCGGGCUAUGACGGGCAUGGACAAAGCUGGGAAUCGUUAUUUUGCUCGAACUGAAGUCAUUGAUGGUGUCAUGAAAGAGAAGAGGUGGGUGAUAUUUAAAGGAGAAGACGAUCCUACUUCAAUUCCAGUUGAAUGGAUAUGUUGGCUUAAUGGACAGCGUAAAGUAGCUCCAACUCCUGAGGAGAUGGUUGAACUUGAGGCCAGACGUGAAUUUGUUAGGCAAAACGUGGAGCGUCUAAAGAAAGAGGAGGAAGAAAGAAGAGCUAUUCAAGGCAGUAACGCCCAUGCCAAGAUAACUGGUAAAGUUGGAGGUCCAGAUUUGCAGAGCUUCGUGUGGCAAGUACAGAGAUCAGAAGGUGAAUCUGAAGCUCAGCCCGCAUCAGAAGGUGCUGACAGUUUGAGGUGGGUAGGCGAAACUUGUAUUGAAGGUGAAACAGAAAAAAACAACUCAGUCUCACCUCAGGAAAGACCUGAACCCCGGACUACUGAGCCAACAGGAUCAGGCUCUUCUUAUAAACCUGGAACUUGGCAGCCACCAUCAUAGUGGUCAAAUUUCUGAAUCUCCUGAUUGUCGAACUGUAAUAUUCAGCUCAUAAUUGAUGGAGUGGAUGGAUCCGUUCUUCAUUCGUAUACUCAGUUUGAGUUUUUCUUUUGCCCCUCAUUUCUCUUCCGGGUGCCUCACGUUCUUUCAAAUGCUGCUUGCAUAUCUAUAUGUUUUGAGUGGGGUGCAACCAUGAAAGGGCUCAAGACAUUAGAAAACACAGGUUCUUUUUUAGUGUCCUCUCCAUUUACAUGUUUCGCCCUUGUAACUUGUACGAGCAUUAUAAAACAUACCAUUUGUUGUCUUAAUUCUUAGCAUUUACAUAAUUGUAUUUCAGGUGACUCUGUAUGCUUUAGUUUGCAAUGCAAUUUUUUCACAAAAUAUCAAACUGCUCAUGGGUCACAAUAGUUGAAGGACAUUUGUGUUAUUGUGUA